CCGGAAACGAACCCAUUUGCUUGCCGUACCGCCUGUCGCCAUUUUCAAAACGGCUAAGCUUUAUUGCGCACUGAUUGCGCACAGCAGAGUUGUUCAGCAAAGGAGUUUAAAUAAAGAGCCGGAUCGUUUGAAUUAUUCAAGAGAGAGAGAGAGCGGGACAUUGUGCCCCUCUAGCCGGGCCAACAGAAUGAUGGAGCUCCCUAACUACAGCAGCCAGCUGAUGCAGCAGCUGUGGGCCCUGAGGAAGGAGGGCCACUUCUGUGACUGCACCAUCCUGGUGGGCGACAGCCCUCACCGCGCACAUAAACUGGUACUGGCUGCCUCCAGCAUGCUCUUCAGGUCUCUGCUGGAUGGCUCGGACACCAUCUCCAUCGACACGGCCAUGGUCUCCUCGCAGGAGUUCGGCUGUCUGCUGGACAUGGUCUACACCGGCAAGCUGCCUCUCGGCAAACACAACGUCAGCCGCAUCGUCGCCGCCGCAGACAGCCUGCAGAUGUUCGACGUGGCCGUGGGCUUCAAAAACGUCCUCACCACUCUCGUGAACCAGCAGGUCUCCGUCCCGGUGGUGUCUCCACAGACGGCGAGCCUCAGUGAGAUCAACAAAGCCCAGAGCGUGAACGCCGAAGGUUCAGCCUCACCCAGCAAGGACGACUCCACGCCAGACGAGACGGAGCUGAAGAAGGAGGACGGUCAGAGUCAGGAAGAGGACGCAGAGGAACCGGCGUGUAAAAGAGUCUGUUUCUCCGAGUCCUCAGAGCCUACAGAAGGCAGACCCUCAGACAGCGUGGCGGAAGAAAACAACCCGGCGGAAGAAAACAACCCGGCGGAAGAAAACAACCCGGCGGAAGAAAACAACCCGGCGGAAGAAAACAACCCGGCGGAAGAAAACAACCCGGCGGAAGAAAACAACCCGGCGGAAGAAAACAACCCAGCGGAAGAAAACAACCCAGCGGAAGCCACGGUGUCAAUUGGACCGGCUGCUGCUUUUCUGGAGCGUUCCUCUCAACUUGUAGAGCUCCUCGCCAACAUGUCAUCGAUCGUGGAGCUGCUGAGCCAGGCAGCACAGGGAAGCCUGGAGGAACAGGGGAGACAGGUUGUGUGUGAGUGCUGUGAGGAGGCUGAUCCCAGCUCAGUGGUGGAGAAGCUGCUGAGCAGAGUGGAGGAGGGGCAGCUCAGUGAGGGAGCCAUCGUCUCGCUGCUCCGGACCGUUCGGCAGAGAGCUCCCUCCUCCUUCCCCACACCACUGCUCUCUCUGCUGGGCGAGGUGGAGAAGGACACACCGGAGCCCCACGGAAACCAAACGCCAGGUAAAGAAGAAUUUGAAUCCGAAAGGGAAAACGACACCGGAAGUGAAGAGAAGCAGGAAGAAGAGGGAGAGGAAGAAAACGGCAAGGUGGAGACGGAGGAGGAUGAGAAAGUCAAAAAUGACCCGGGGGACUCUUUUUCAUCUCCCUCCUCCUCCUCCUCCUCCUCCCCAUCCAAGCCCUACUCCUGCCGCUGGUGCAAGAGGGGGUUCGCCUACAAGUGUCGGAUGCUGGCCCACGUGAAGCGCUGCGCCAUGUCGCAGGAGUGUGAGCAGCAGUGCCCGCAGUGCCCAGAGAAGCUGGCCAACCAGCGGGCCCUGCAGCGCCAUCGGGCCGAGGCUCACCGCAGCACCGCGCGGGUGAAGAAGAAGGUGGCCUGUGACCUGUGUGGGCGCACCUUCGCCCACCCGUCAGGAAUGAUUUACCACAAGCGCACCGAGCACUUUGAAGAGAAACCGUUUGCUUGCGAGGACUGCGGCGCAAAGUUCGGCGCCAACUCCUCGCUGAAGAACCACAUGAGGCUGCACACGGGAGAGAAACCGUACCUCUGCAAACACUGUGACAUGAGCUUCAGUGUGGCUGCUGCCCUCGCAUACCACACCAAGAAGAAACACUCUGAGGGAAAGAUGUAUGUGUGUCAGUAUUGUAAGGCGGUCUUCGCCCAGUCCAUUGAACUGACGCGCCACGUGCGAACACACACCGGCGAUCGGCCUUACGUGUGCCGAGAAUGUGGCAAAGGUUACAGCCAGGCCAGCGGACUCACCGUCCACCUGCACACCUUCCACAAUUUGUCGGAACCUCAUGAUUGUCAAAAGUGUUGUCUCAGCUUCUCCUCACUGGAGGAGCAUCGGCAGCACAUCCAGGAGUUGCACCCAAAGGAGUUCCACAAGUGUCCCACCUGUAACAACGUGUUCCUCAGCGCCGCCCUGCUGGACAAGCACAAGGGCACCCACACCGGAACCAAGCCGUUCAGCUGUGAGCUGUGCAACAAGUCCUACCAGCAACUGUCAGGCCUGUGGUACCAUAACAGGACCAACCACCCGGACGUGUUUGCUAACCACACCCGGCAGCUCAAGACCCUGGUCCAGUGUGACGUCUGCUUCAAGUUCUUUCCCAGCGCUGCCAGUGUGGCCAAACACCAGGCUGCCGAGCACCAGGGCUCGGCAGCGUCGGCGGUGCGCUGCGCCUUCUGCCCAGCGGUGCUGGCCGGGGAGGAGGAGCUGCAGGAGCACAUGAGCAGCCAGCACGUCAGCAGCCAGAGCCUGGAGGCCUUCAGCUGCCCGCUCUGCUCGCUGGUCUGCACCUCCCAGCUGGAGCUGCAGGAGCACCUGCUCUCCUGCCACAUGGAGGCUCAGGAGGACACCUCCCAUACAGUGGUGGCAGCAGAUCCGGCAGGCGGCGAAGGGGCGGAGCCUGUCAGCUCUGAGGAGCAGCUGGCCGCUGCCCAGCAGGUGUUUGUGGCUCUGGCCGGGGCGAGAGAUGGCGAGUCCUCCGCCGAGGUGGUGCAGGUCAACAUGUACGACCUGCUGAACAGCUCCGUCACCUUCAUCUGCGAGGACAAGGCAGCAGCUCCCGACUCCUAACUGUUACCCCCCCCCCCCAGCCACACGCCGAGGACUCGUUGUGAUUCAUGUUUAGUCCACCAACAUCUUUUCCGUUUUGCAGUUUCGAUGAAAUCGUGUGUUUGACAUUAGUUUACAUACAGACAGCAAGGCCGUCAAACAGCAAACACAAAGGCAGAGAAACCCAGCGGACCUCCGUCUGGCAACCCGCUAGAGACGGAAUGUGGACUUUGAGUUACAGGUGGGGGUCUGGCCCAUAGAAAUAGAACCAGAAUAGAAUCGUGUGCUGUGGUCAUUUGAUUAGCUGAGAAGAAAAUGGCGCUCAGCACUGUAGAAAUACAGUCAUCGACCGUAGAAAUAGAAUCCGAGUCAGGAUGGGACAGGACACUCACAGAUCAUCACCGCUCUGAACAUCCUGCUGUGUGGAUUUGACUGUGAAUCUGUUCUAUUGUCAUUCUAUUUCUAGGAUCUCCCCAUGAAUAAGUUCUUGUGAGGUUUUCAUGGUUACAUCUUUAACUUGUGUUUUGUUAAGCUUUUAAUGGCAACUCAGAAAACCCCGAUCACUGAUGGAGAGACUGAGAUGUGACCGUUUGAAACUGUGUUCAUCGAACAUCAAGGUUUGCUGCUUUUUAUAUUUUUCUUAUUAACAAAUUCCAUGAAAAGACCCAGAACAACAACGUGUAUGUAUUUGUUUACCUCUCAAUACUCUCCAACGUCUCUCCUCUGUGGCUCUCAGCCACAAGCCCAUUGGUUCCUACUGAAGAUGUAAAAAUAAAAUAAAAUCUAAUGAACUUUUAAAACUGGUCACUAAUAGUUUC